UACCUCGCUAUUUAGGGGUAUGGAAGAGUGGGAGGGGGAAGAGAAGGCGAUGCAGAGACUGGCAGUGCAGCAGCUGAAAGUUGUGCUGCAGACAGUGCAAUACAGCUAUGAGCAGAACUGCAGAUUGGAAAAUGGACAGUGAUUCUCAGAGAAUAAAGUUUGAAGAACCAACACUGGAUUUGGGUCUUGACCCACAGAUGGCAGAGCAGAUACGAAGACGACGGCCAACUCCGGCGAUUCUGAUGAUCCCCCAUCAGCAGUUCUCUGGCGUAUCAGGUAAUCACACUGUACAUUUGCUGAAUGAUGAAAAGAAGACAACAGUCUGCCAGGUACAGCCUUCCAAAGUAUCCUCGCAUAAAGAAGAACGAAGGAGUUUCCCUAUAUCUGACACAAUGACAGAAAUCCAAGAAUCAGAACCUGGUGAUGAUGAACCAGACACUGCAAACUGUACUGGAAAUCAGAGAGGAGCGUGUUCUCUUGGCGAAAACUCCUUGAGCUUGCAAAGAGGACAAGAUACUGCUUGAACCCAGCCUGAACCUGCAAGGGGGAGUCGCUUUCCUUGAAUGAAGGACAAUUUUUCCCUCAACUUCUGAAUCUUAUUGACAUGGCCUGUGUUCUCUAUCAUCUGACAGCAACUUGAUCCAUGAUUUUCCUGAAUAGUGAUUCCCAGGACAAUGCAAUCAAAAAUGCGUUUCACGAGGAGUUUUUUUUUCUUUAGUGGACCUACUACCGGAUGUGUUAUCCGUUUGUCAAGGACAAUGCUCUGGGGUCAUGUCUUCAUAUUCAAAUAUGGCACUGGUAAAAUUCAAAGUUACAUGAAAAAAAUUUUAAUAAAAUGAAUCUCAAUAAUAAUAAACAUUAAAUUCACAUUUACA